AUGCUCCCGUCCCCUCGUCGCUAUGUCCGCUCCAUCGUGGGCGGGCUGGCUCUCUUUGGCAUCAUCUACUACGUCCUCGCCACGGUGCCACAGACCCGCGGCCCGGCGCCCCAUCCGAGCCUGGAGCGCUUUAUGAACGAGGGCCCAGCACCGCCCAUCGUCUUCAAGAAGAGCAGCUUCGACUGGAGCCAGGUCCAGCACACGUAUCUGCCGCCCGACGAGGUGACCCCGCUGCCCGCGGACCAGGCCCGCGCCCUGCCCAGCGUGCAGCACAUCUUUGGCCCCGAGGCGCCGCAGGCCGCGCGGGUCCGCGAGAAGCGGCGCGCGGCCGUCCGUCGCGUCUUUCAGGACGACUGGCACAACUACAAAAAGUUUGCCUGGAAGAUGGAUGCCCUGAAUCCCAAGUCCGGCACCGCCAAGAACCAGUUCUCGGGCUGGAUGGCCACCCUCGUCGACGGCCUCGACGCUCUCUGGAUGCUCGGGCUCAAGGACGAGUUUGAGGAGGCGCUUGCUGUCGUGGCCGAGCUUGACUUUGGAAAAUCUACCGACACUCGUGUCAACAUCUUUGAGACCACCAUUCGCUACCUCGGCGGGAUUCUCGCCGCUUAUGACUUGAGCAAGCGAGAGGCCCUGCUGAAGAAGGCUGUCGAGCUCGGUGAUAUGCUCUAUUCAGCCUUUGACACCAAGCAUCUCUUUCCGGUGGAUUUUAUGCAGUUUGAGUCUGGAAAGCUCGGCAAGGGGCUGAGCCUCGAGGCCUGGGUCGUUUCUGCGUCGCCCGGCACGCUGUCGCUCGAAAUGACACGGCUCUCCCAAGUGACGGGAGACCCCAAGUACUACGACGUCACCAACCGACUCAUGGAGCUCUUCCGGGACCAGCAAAACGCCACCCGGAUCCCCGGACUGUGGCCCGUGUGGAUCUCGCUCGCCAACCGGGACGCCAAGAGCCGUGAAGAAUUCACCCUCGGCGGCAGCGCCGACUCGCUCUACGAGUACCUUCCCAAGAUGCACGCCCUUCUCGGCGGCGGCAACCCCAUGUACGCCGACAUGACUAAGGACUUCCUCGCCGCCGCCAAGAAGGAGCUCUUCUUCCGGCCCAUGCUGCCCGGCGGCGAGGACGUUCUCCUGUCCGGCAACGCCAAGGCGACAGCCAGCGGCGAGACGACAUUUGACCCGGAAAGCGAGCACCUGACGUGCUUCAUCGGCGGCACCGUCGCCCUCGCCGGCAAGCUGUUGGUGAGCCCCGAGGACGUGGCUGUCGGCGGCAAGCUCGCCCGGGGCUGCGCGCACGUCUACCACGCCUUUGCGAGCGGCGUCAUGCCGGAGCGGUUCAACACGGUUCCCUGCGAGCCGCGACUCGCCGACACGUGCCCGUGGGACGAGAAGCGCUGGGAGGAGGGCAUCGAGACCCGCAGGGAGUACAAGGACACCCUACCCAAAGGCUUCACCACAGCAAAGGACCCGCGCUACCUGCUCCGCCCCGAGGCCAUUGAGAGUCUAUUUCUGCUCUACCGCAUGACGGGAGACACCGAGUACCAGGAGUCGGCAUGGAAAAUGUUUGAGUCGAUUGAGAAGCACUCGCGCACGACGCAUGGCCAUGCGGCCAUUCUCGAUGUCGUCACCGUCUACGACGAAGGUUCGAGACAACAGAAUCUGGACGAUUACAUGGAGAGCUUCUGGUUUGGGGAGACGCUCAAAUACUUUUAUCUCAUCUUUUCUCCACCUGAUCUGAUUACGCCGUUUGCAGCCUCGCCAGCGAAGCAGACGACUCCAUCAAGCAGCACCAUGGCGCUCGACAAGGUCUUGACCCCAGGAUUUCUCAAGUCGGUUCGCGAUUUCUGGUACGAGCACCUGCCUAGCGACGAUGAUCUUGUCAUACCCGGGCAAGUUGCGCAUCAGCGCUGGUACGCCGGCGGCGCCGAGUUUGACAAGGCCUGCCUAACGCAGUUCGAACCGGCCCUCGACGCCAUCCAAGCGUCCGGCCUCGACGGCGCCGGACUGCUGCGGCUCGCGCGCCCCACGACGCCGUGCUCCUGGCUGGGCCUCGUGCUGCUGCUCGACCAGAUGCCGCGCAACUGCUACCGCGGGGCCGCGGCGCGCGUCGUCUUUUCCGUUUUUGACCCGAUCGCGCUCGCCGUCGCGCAGGCGGCCGUGGCGGCGGGCGUGCCGCACGAGGCGCCCGAGAUGCGGUGGCAGCUCGCGUUCCGGACGUGGUUCUACCUGCCGUAUGAGCACACCGAGGACGCGGCCAUGCAUGACGAGUGCCGGCGGCAGUGCGAGGGGCUCGCACGUGACGUUGAAGCGCUGCUGGCCGAGGGGGAAGAGGACGAGGGGCCGAAUGAUGCGUACAGGCGACGGGCGUGGCGGGUCGUGCAUCGGGAACCAAAGGCGGCCAGGGCGCUGGUGCAGGCGCAGCUCGAUUUCGCGAGGCGCCACGAGGACAUCAUCAAGCAGUUUGGGCGCUAUCCGCAUCGAAACGAGGCGUUGGGACGGGAGACGACUGCCGAGGAAAAGGCAUUUUUGGAGGGUGGAGGCGACACGUUUCAGAGUAAAUAG